UUCGCGUCCGGUCCGGUCUUCAGGGACUAUCGCUCCGCGCAAGCGGUGACGGAAUUCGGAGCAGAACAUCCGUGCCCGUGACACAAGGGAUUCCCUCGGUGGCCCUCGAGGUCACCCUUUCCAGCUUUCCACCCCUUCCAGCGGUGUUCCUACGGUUCCAGCGUUCGGUCUGCCCCCGUGGAAGCCCGUGUCGACGGUGUGCAAGGAUACAAAGUGUCGUAAAGGAGGAGACAGCUUGGACGCAGCAGUGUGCGUGCUGAUAGCUUGCGUAGUGCGGGUCGGUGUGUGCGUGCGCGUCGCCUACUUUUAUCUACCGUCGCCUGCGUGCGAGCGAUCGAACCGGAAAGCGCGAAUGAAAGGUUUCACUGUGAUUUUCCGGAAAAGUUUACCCAAGAAAUGAUCUAAAUGUGUCGUGCGGUAGGUCAGUUUGUUGUGCAAUGCAGUUCAGUGCAAAGUGUCACCUAACAUGAAUAAGCGGCGAACCAGCCGAGCCUCUACCGGGCGGGGUAGCUAAGCAAACAAAGUCUACAGAUGUGUGCGCGUGCUGUGCGAGUGUAGUGUUUUUGUGUUAAAAAAAACAAAAGAAAAAAAAGAAAAAGAAUAGAGUCUUCUUUCGCCACUCUUUUUCUGAAAGUGCCACAGGAUGGGAUGCGGACAGAGUAAAAUCCAUCUUUACCCGAGGAAAAACAAAAGUAAAUCCAAUGGGAAGAAAAGCGGCCAUAUAGAGGAUGCCGAAGCGGACGAAGAGGAUGGACAGAACGGCCGGGGCGACGAUCGAGGCGAUCGGGGCGACAUCAACGGCGAGAAGGAAAAGCUCGACGAGGAGCACUCCCUGCGGGACGACGGUUCGCCGGAGCCACCGAACGGGGAGAUCGUGUCAAUACUCCGCAAAAACGGUUCCCUCCUCCAGAGUCAGGAAAUAUCCUCCAGCCAACAGAACUUCUUCCGAAUGCUGGAUCAGAAAAUCGAAGAGGGUCCAGAUUAUGACUCGAGCAGCGAAACCGAGCAGGCACUGGAGGAGGCCCGCCUGAACGCGCUGGUGCAGCACUGGGAGUCGGCCAGCUUGACCACGUCGAUGUGUUCUUCCACCAGCCGGUCCCUGCAGGGAACGCCGGUCCGGCAGGUACCGCUCAGACAGCCUCCACUGAGGCCUCCGUUCCAGCAACCGCUCAGUGCCGAGCUGUUGUCCCAGCAGCAGCUACUGCUGAAGCAACAGCACCAUCACCUUCACCAGCAGCAGCACCAGCACCAGCAGCAGCAGCACCUUCAGCAGCAGCAACAGUUGAUCCACCACCAGCAGCAGCAGCUGCACGGUCUCCAGCAGCAGCAGCAGCAGCAGCCGCCGCUAUCUCACUUGCCUCCUUCGACGGGAGGAGUGCCCGGAGCGCAGGGAUUGGCAUCACAACUGCAGCAGCAAUCUUUACACCAAAACCUCAGCAUCGGCAUGAACAUGAACAGCCCCAAGCGGGUGAUUGCCAGUGGGAAUGCCGUCAGUGUCGGCGGAAUGCCGCUCGGCAGCGAUCCGACCGGCCAACGGCAGAUGCUUUCCCAAUCGAUCAUUCAUCAGAACUACGGUGUGAUACAGCCGUCCCAGGCGGCACCACAACUGCGUCCCAGCUCUGGCCGUACGCUCCCAUCGCCGGUCCAGUGCUUGCAGAUGUCCUACUACCAACAGCAGCAGCAGCAACAGCAGCAACAACAACAGCAACAAGCCCAAUCACUUAGUCAGCAAUUCCAGCAGCAGCAACAACAGCAAUCGAUACCUCCCCAGUCCUACUACAAUGACAUUCUGCGGCAUCCUAUGCAGCAACAGCAACAGCAACAAAUGCAAUCCCAACCUCAGCCACAGCCGCCGGCAGGAAUCUCGAACGUAUCGUCCUCGGUGGCAGCCUCGCUAGCGUCGGCUUCGGUGGCGGUGGCCUCGGCAGGCGGUGGCUCGGGCGGCGGUCCCGGUGGGGGAGGAAGUGCGGCCGGAGGCAGCACCAGCGGCGCCAUCGGAGGCCCCCUGACGAUGGCCGGGCUGGCCGAGCCUCGCUUCCCACCCGCCAUCGCCGUGCAACGGUUGGCGCCUCAGGUCCAGCGGCAGCUGCGCGAAACCCAGGAACUCAUCAAGGACUCGUGCGCGCAACUGUACGGCUCGGCGUACGGCAGCCCGGGGCCACCGUCGGCUGCGGUGGUGGCGGCGUCAUCGGCAGGAGGCGUUCCGGGGGUGAGCGGUCCACCCACCGGUCCGGCCGGUCCGCUGCGAACCGGGCCCGGCUCGGUACUGGCACGGGCCACCGCCCGCCGCCCAACGCUCGAGACUCAGUAUUCGCAGGAACUUUCGUGAUAUCUAGACAAGUAGUGAAGCUUUCCCCGUACGACGACGCACGACGAGCCAAUGACGACGACGACGACGACGACGGUGCCCAGCCGGUGGACGGAGUGGCGACAGCACGGCCCUAGCACGACAUCCGAGCCGGCGGCGGCAUCAAAGUCUCGACCGAUCCGUUGCACACCCGUUUCAAACCACGAACAAUCCGAUCCAAUGGUGUCCACGUGACCACACGCGGGAUGAACAGCUCCCUGGUCCUUCUCUACCCUUUGGCCGCCAGUUGAUAGUUUUUAAUUCUAAAGCAGGUUAAAUGGAAGGAUCGGUAUGCCAAAACUAUUUCCCAACACGCACCUUCGAAGCAAUGACUUUCCCACAAAAAAAAACAAAACUACGGCAAGAAAAGUCGUUUAAAGCUAACCUCAGCACAACUCAAUCACCAUCCGGGGGGCUACCCGGAUCUUCGUCAAGUGAUCCAUGAAGAUGCACGUUUCUUCCGUUUUCCCUCAGUGUUUUUUUUUCUGUUCUGUUCUAAUGAACAUAUCAAUCUAACCACCUUUGCACAAACAAUCCUUCCUUUUACAAACAAACAAACAAAAACCAUUUGCUAAACACCCAUCUGAACAGUUUAUUUCACAAUCAAGACGUUGCUCCGCAAAUACUUAAAAAAAACGAGUAAUAAAAUAAAAACAUGCAUCAAGAAGAUGCAUUUAGACACCGAGAUGGAAUGAAAAAAAAUUAAAUCGCCAAACUCGAUUGCCACACGGGGAUCCGCGGGGGGCGCACAAUUAAAAGGCCAUCAGACAGUGGUAACCUCUUCCCACCUUUAACAUUUACUAGCAUAGCGCAGGCACCUCGUCGCAUAGUUUUUCGGUCAAACUCCAGAACGGCAAAAAUGGUAGCUCAAAACAUAUACAAUAGAUAAUGGAAACAAGCAAACAAAACAAGAAAAAGUUAAAGAAUGAGAAUCGCAAGCGAAUUCCCGCCAUCUCCUCCCGCACGUACAAUACGUCUGGUGUAAUGUUUUGUAAAAAAAACAGAAUCAACUGUUUAUCUGUAAGCUGUGUACGAUAUCAUCGUUACCCUUCUUAACGAGCGAAAACAACAAUUUUAGGCAGAAGAGAAAACAGCAUCUGUAAAACGCAAAACAAGUGGAGGCAAUUAGAAACACAACUAACCGACGGAGAAAAUAGUAAAAAUGAAAACAAGAUUGGAAAGACAAAUGCUGCUGGAAAGUAAACACUAUUGCACUUUAGCUAGUGCCGGGCGGCUCGGGGUUCAUUGGUGGUUUGUAACGUAACGUAUUUGUCCUUAUUUCUUAUGUUUUGAUAUGUUUUAGGAAAAAGUAAUUAGGAAAACAAAAACGAAAGAAAUACAAACCUAACAACACAACACACGGGGAAACCGAUUACAAAUAGGCCAAAUGGUAAAGCAAACAUAGACUAGGAGUGGAAACAGGGAGAAAAGCAUUCAAUGAAUUAAUGUUCAUUACAAGUGAAUUGUACGGAAAGGUAAAACCUUAUCGAAGUAGACAAAAGAAAAACACACACACAAGAAAUAAAAAUCCAACAAUGUUAAGAGACGAUCCGACUAGAGGAACUUUCCAAUGUAAAUUUUAUGCAUGCGAAUUUUUUUCUCUCUAACAAAAGUCUCUUCGAUAAAGUAUCUAUGAAAGGAAUGAUUCGAUAAGGCGAUUCCUGUUAAAUUCUUCUGCCGAAAUGUAUUCCCUUUAUAAGAAUUAACAUUUUAAUUGCAAAGAAAACACUCAUCUUGGUGACGGUGAAACCCAAUCGAACUUUACACACUACAAACUUGAAGCACGUGGCAAAUAUUAAGGACUUUACUCAUAAACCCACCUGCGAAAGAACCUCAACACGGAACCAAGAUUUCCUUGGCCCUUGAA